AAUGGAGGAUAAGGAUGAUGGACCCCAAGUAGACAGCUUCACAAAGGAGGGCAGACCGAGAGAUGAAUGAUGAAUUUGAUAGGGACCUGAAAGUGGACUCCUACUCUCCCAUACAAAGUUUCUUCUUCACAGCAGCAGCAACAACAACAUUUUUAGUUGGAUGGAUCCCAGGUAUUACUUGGCCUUGUACCUCUGUUCCUGGCUUUUAGGUCCAAUGGCCUAAAACAACAGCUUUCUUUUUACAAUAAAGAAAGUGAAAGAAACACCCACAAAACAAAGUACCUAGCCCAGCAACCAUUACAUCACUGCUACUUAUCUUCUUCUGCAUCUUUCUUCUUUUUCCAUUUUUUUUUUCUUUUCGCUUCCAUCAAUCAAUCUACAACUUUCAAGACUCUGCUUCUUUUGUGAAAUGGGAUGUUCUGGAUCCUCUCGGGCCAAAGGAGAUGACGAAGAAAAAAAUCCGGAAACCAAAACCUUGGAAGCAUUCUGAGCCAAUUACAAGGACACAACUCCUGCAGCUGCGUGAUGAGUUUUGGGAUACUGCUCCUCAUUAUGGUGGACGGAAAGAGAUAUGGGAUGCACUUCAUGCUGCUGCUGAAGCUGAUUUAACUCUUGCACAAGCAAUUGUGGACAGCGCCGGCGUGAUUGUUCAAAGUGAAGACUUAACAAUCUGCUACGAUGAGAGAGGUGCAAAGUAUGAACUUCCUAAGUAUGUCUUGAGCGAACCAACCAAUUUGAUUCGAGAUCAUUGAAAAUAGGUCCAUUUGCAACUGUAAAUCUGGUAUAAGUUGUCUCAGUUUCAUUGUACUUCUGAAACAUCGCCCUUCUAAAACAAGUCGGUAGCCUUCAUUCUUAUAAUAUUCAAAAGCUUAGGCAAAAGCCAUGAAAUUGUAAUUCAAACAAAAUAGAUAAACAGCUAGUUCUGGACUGUGGUGGGGCUUUUCUAAUCGGUAUGCGACAAUUUCCAAAGGAACAAAUAGUACAAUAACAGUUCUUUCUGUGAAAUAUUCUGUUGUUUCAAUUAUGUAAACUGCAAUUACAAUUCAUAAUAGAAAAAGACGAAAAUAGACUUAAAAUUUAGUAA